CCACUUGCUUUACCUAAAUCUUCACCUCUACAUGCUUAAUGCAUGACAGAAAGGCCCCCGUCAUGUCGGAGUCAUCAACAGACAUUGUAAGUUCUUUUUGGAGGCGGAUAUCUGCUCUGGCAGUAAGAAUUUUAAGAGCUCUGAGAGCUCAUUUUGAAGGAACGAUGGAGGAAACAUCUCCCAUGGCCAAGCCUCUGGAGCUCAACCAGCACUCCCGUUUCAUAAUCGGCUCUGUGUCAGAAGACAACUCUGAAGAUGAGAUCAGCAACCUGGUGAAGCUGGACCUGCUGGAGGAGAAGGAGGGCUCUCUGUCCCCAGCAUCCGUCAGCUCAGAUACGCUCUCUGACCUAGGGGUCAGCAGCCUGCAGGAUGGCUUGGCCUUGCACAUGAGAUCCAGCAUGUCUGGCUUGCACCUAGUGAAACAAGGUCGAGACCGAAAGAAGAUAGACUCACAGCGGGAUUUCACUGUGGCUUCUCCAGCAGAAUUUGUUACUCGUUUCGGGGGAAAUAAAGUGAUUGAGAAAGUUCUUAUUGCUAACAAUGGCAUUGCAGCAGUGAAAUGCAUGCGAUCUAUCCGGCGGUGGUCUUAUGAAAUGUUUCGGAAUGAGCGUGCCAUCCGGUUUGUUGUCAUGGUCACUCCUGAAGACCUGAAAGCCAAUGCAGAGUACAUUAAGAUGGCAGAUCACUAUGUCCCAGUGCCUGGAGGCCCAAACAACAACAACUAUGCAAAUGUGGAAUUAAUUCUCGAUAUCGCUAAGAGGAUCCCAGUCCAAGCAGUGUGGGCCGGCUGGGGUCACGCUUCUGAGAAUCCCAAGCUUCCAGAACUUCUCCUGAAAAACGGCAUCGCCUUCAUGGGUCCUCCAAGCCAAGCCAUGUGGGCUUUGGGGGAUAAGAUUGCAUCUUCCAUAGUGGCUCAGACUGCUGGUAUCCCAACACUUCCAUGGAGUGGCAGUGGUCUUCGUGUGGACUGGCAAGAAAAUGAUUUUUCAAAGCGUAUCUUAAACGUUCCCCAAGAACUGUACGAAAAAGGUUAUGUGAAGGAUGUGGAUGAUGGGCUGAAGGCAGCUGAGGAUGUUGGAUACCCAGUCAUGAUCAAGGCGUCUGAAGGAGGAGGAGGGAAGGGAAUCAGAAAAGUCAACAAUGCAGAUGACUUUCCAAACCUCUUCAGACAGGUUCAAGCUGAAGUCCCUGGAUCUCCUAUAUUUGUGAUGAGACUUGCCAAGCAGUCUCGUCAUCUGGAGGUACAGAUCCUAGCGGAUCAGUAUGGAAAUGCCAUCUCUCUGUUUGGUCGUGACUGCUCCGUACAGCGAAGGCAUCAGAAGAUUAUUGAAGAGGCACCUGCUGCAAUUGCUACUCCAGCAGUAUUUGAACACAUGGAACAGUGUGCGGUGAAACUUGCCAAGAUGGUUGGUUAUGUGAGUGCCGGGACUGUGGAAUACCUUUACAGCCAAGAUGGCAGCUUCUACUUUCUGGAGCUGAACCCUCGGCUGCAGGUGGAACACCCUUGUACAGAAAUGGUAGCUGAUGUCAAUCUCCCAGCAGCACAGCUCCAGAUUGCCAUGGGGAUUCCUUUAUAUAGGAUCAAGGAUAUCCGUAUGAUGUAUGGAGUAUCUCCCUGGGGCGAUGGUCCCAUUGAUUUUGAAAAUUCUGCUCACGUCCCUUGCCCAAGGGGCCAUGUUAUUGCUGCCCGGAUCACUAGUGAAAAUCCCGAUGAGGGUUUUAAGCCCAGCUCAGGAACUGUUCAGGAACUGAAUUUCCGGAGCAAUAAGAACGUUUGGGGUUACUUCAGCGUUGCUGCUGCAGGGGGCCUUCACGAGUUUGCCGAUUCUCAGUUUGGCCACUGCUUUUCCUGGGGAGAAAACCGUGAGGAAGCGAUUUCAAACAUGGUGGUGGCUUUGAAGGAGCUAUCUAUUCGUGGCGACUUCCGAACUACAGUUGAAUACCUGAUCAAAUUGUUAGAGACAGAAAGCUUUCAGUUGAAUAGGAUCGACACUGGCUGGCUGGACAGAUUGAUAGCAGAAAAAGUACAGGCAGAACGCCCUGAUACCAUGUUGGGAGUUGUAUGUGGGGCCCUUCAUGUGGCCGACGUGAACUUGCGGAAUAGCAUCUCUAAUUUUCUUCACUCCUUGGAAAGAGGUCAAGUCCUUCCUGCCCAUACGCUUCUGAACACAGUAGAUGUUGAACUGAUUUAUGAGGGAGUCAAGUAUGUGCUUAAGGUGACUCGACAGUCUCCCAACUCCUACGUGGUGAUCAUGAAUGGCUCAUGUGUGGAAGUCGAUGUGCACCGGCUGAGUGACGGGGGACUGCUCCUGUCCUACGACGGCAGCAGUUACACAACGUACAUGAAGGAGGAGGUGGAUAGAUACCGCAUCACGAUAGGCAAUAAAACCUGCGUGUUUGAGAAGGAAAAUGACCCAUCAGUAAUGCGCUCACCUUCGGCUGGGAAGUUAAUCCAGUACAUUGUGGAGGAUGGUGGCCAUGUGUUUGCUGGGCAGUGCUAUGCUGAGAUUGAGGUGAUGAAGAUGGUGAUGACCCUAACAGCUGCGGAAUCUGGCUGUAUCCAUUAUGUCAAGCGACCUGGAGCAGCUCUUGACCCUGGCUGUGUAAUCGCCAAAAUGCAGUUGGACAAUCCAAGCAAGGUUCAGCAGGCGGAACUUCACACGGGUAGCCUGCCACGGAUCCAGAGCACAGCGCUGAGAGGCGAGAAGCUCCACCGCGUAUUCCACUAUGUUCUGGAUAAUCUGGUCAACGUAAUGAAUGGAUACUGCCUCCCAGACCCUUUCUUCAGCAGCAAGGUAAAGGACUGGGUGGAACGGUUGAUGAAGACCCUCAGAGAUCCCUCCUUGCCCCUCCUAGAAUUGCAAGAUAUCAUGACCAGUGUCUCCGGCCGUAUUCCUCUCAAUGUGGAGAAGUCUAUCAAGAAGGAAAUGGCUCAAUAUGCUAGCAACAUCACAUCAGUCCUCUGUCAAUUUCCCAGCCAGCAGAUUGCCAACAUUCUAGAUAGUCACGCAGCCACACUGAACCGGAAAUCGGAGCGGGAAGUCUUCUUUAUGAACACGCAGAGCAUCGUCCAGCUGGUACAGAGGUACCGAAGUGGCAUCCGAGGCCACAUGAAGGCUGUGGUGAUGGAUCUGCUCCGGCAGUACCUGCGAGUGGAAACACAGUUCCAGAAUGGUCACUAUGACAAAUGUGUAUUUGCCCUUCGGGAGGAGAACAAAAGUGAUAUGAACACCGUACUGAAUUACAUCUUCUCUCAUGCUCAAGUCACCAAGAAGAAUCUUCUGGUCACCAUGCUUAUUGAUCAGCUGUGUGGCCGGGAUCCUACGCUCACUGAUGAGCUGCUAAAUAUCCUCACUGAGCUAACUCAACUCAGUAAGACCACCAAUGCCAAAGUGGCACUUCGAGCCCGCCAGGUUCUUAUUGCCUCCCAUUUGCCAUCCUAUGAGCUUCGCCAUAACCAAGUAGAGUCUAUCUUCUUAUCGGCUAUUGACAUGUAUGGACACCAGUUUUGCAUUGAGAAUCUUCAGAAACUCAUCCUGUCUGAAACAUCUAUCUUCGAUGUCCUGCCAAACUUCUUCUAUCACAGCAACCAGGUGGUGAGGAUGGCAGCUCUGGAGGUGUAUGUUCGAAGGGCUUAUAUUGCCUAUGAACUUAACAGUGUACAACACCGCCAACUUAAGGACAACACCUGUGUGGUGGAAUUCCAGUUCAUGCUGCCCACAUCUCAUCCAAACAGAGGGAACAUCCCCACGCUCAACAGAAUGUCCUUCUCCUCCAACCUCAACCACUAUGGCAUGACUCAUGUAGCUAGUGUCAGUGACGUACUGCUGGACAACUCGUUCACUCCACCGUGUCAGCGGAUGGGCGGAAUGGUCUCUUUCCGGACUUUUGAAGAUUUUGUCAGGAUCUUUGAUGAAGUGAUGGGCUGCUUCUGUGACUCCCCACCUCAGAGCCCCACGUUCCCAGAGGCCGGCCACACGUCUCUGUAUGAUGAAGACAAGGUCCCCAGGGAUGAACCAAUUCACAUUCUGAAUGUGGCUAUCAAGACUGACUGCGACAUCGAAGAUGACAGGCUGGCUGCCAUGUUCAGAGAGUUCACCCAGCAGAAUAAAGCGACCCUGGUUGAGCAUGGAAUCCGACGUCUUACUUUCCUGGUUGCACAAAAGGACUUCAGAAAACAAGUUAACUGUGAGGUGGAUCAGAGAUUUCAUAGAGAAUUUCCAAAAUUUUUCACAUUCCGAGCAAGGGAUAAGUUUGAGGAAGAUCGGAUUUAUCGUCACUUGGAGCCUGCUCUGGCUUUCCAGUUAGAGCUAAACAGGAUGAGAAAUUUUGACCUCACUGCCAUUCCGUGUGCCAAUCACAAGAUGCACCUGUACCUUGGGGCAGCCAAGGUGGAAGUAGGCACAGAAGUGACAGACUACAGGUUCUUUGUUCGUGCAAUCAUCAGGCAUUCUGAUCUGGUCACCAAGGAAGCUUCUUUUGAAUAUUUACAAAAUGAAGGGGAACGACUACUUCUGGAAGCCAUGGAUGAGCUGGAAGUUGCUUUUAACAACACAAACGUCCGCACAGACUGUAAUCACAUCUUCCUCAACUUCGUGCCCACAGUCAUCAUGGACCCCUCAAAGAUUGAGGAAUCUGUGAGGAGCAUGGUAAUGCGCUAUGGAAGUCGGCUGUGGAAACUGCGCGUCCUCCAGGCAGAACUGAAAAUCAACAUUCGCCUGACACCAACUGGAAAGGCAAUUCCCAUUCGCCUCUUCCUGACAAACGAGUCUGGCUAUUACUUGGACAUCAGCCUCUACAAGGAAGUGACUGACUCCAGGACAGCACAGAUCAUGUUUCAGGCAUAUGGAGACAAACAGGGGCCACUGCAUGGGAUGUUAAUCAAUACUCCGUAUGUGACCAAAGACCUACUGCAAUCAAAGAGGUUCCAGGCACAAUCCCUAGGGACAACGUACAUCUACGAUAUCCCAGAGAUGUUUCGGCAGUCCUUGAUCAAGCUCUGGGAAUCUAUGUCCACUCAAGUAUACCUUCCACCACCUCCUCUGCCUUCUGACAUGUUGACAUAUACCGAGCUGGUGUUGGACGAUCAAGGUCAGCUGGUGCACAUGAACAGGCUUCCAGGAGGAAAUGAGAUUGGCAUGGUAGCUUGGAAGAUGACCCUUAAAAGUCCUGAGUAUCCAGAAGGCCGAGAUAUCAUCGUAAUUGGCAAUGACAUCACAUACCGCAUUGGGUCCUUUGGGCCUCAGGAAGAUCUGCUGUUUCUGAGAGCUUCUGAGCUCGCCAGGGCAGAGGGGAUCCCUCGCAUCUAUGUAGCCGCCAAUAGCGGGGCAAGAAUUGGACUGGCAGAAGAAAUUCGUCAUAUGUUCUAUGUGGCCUGGGUAGAUCCUGAGGAUCCUUACAAGGGAUACAAGUAUUUAUAUCUGACCCCUCAAGAUUAUAAGAGGGUCAGUGCUCUCAACUCUGUCCAUUGUGAACAUGUGGAAGACGAAGGAGAAUCCAGGUACAAGAUAACAGAUAUUAUUGGAAAGGAAGAGGGACUUGGAGCAGAGAACCUCCGAGGUUCUGGCAUGAUUGCUGGAGAAUCCUCAUUAGCCUAUGAUGAGAUCAUCACCAUCAGUCUGGUGACAUGCCGGGCCAUUGGGAUUGGGGCUUACCUUGUCCGACUGGGACAGAGAACGAUCCAGGUUGAGAAUUCUCACUUGAUUCUGACGGGAGCCGGGGCCCUCAACAAAGUCCUUGGACGGGAAGUGUAUACCUCCAACAACCAGCUCGGGGGCAUCCAGAUCAUGCACAAUAACGGGGUCACCCACAGCACGGUGUGUGACGACUUUGAAGGGGUGUUCACUGUCCUGCACUGGCUGUCCUACAUGCCAAAGAGUGUACAGAGUUCUGUUCCGCUCCUGAGCUCCAAGGAUCCUAUAGACAGAAUCAUCGAGUUUGUGCCCACAAAGGCGCCAUAUGAUCCUCGAUGGAUGCUUGCAGGCCGUCCUCACCCAACCCAGAAAGGUCAGUGGUUGAGUGGAUUUUUUGACUACGGAUCCUUCUCGGAGAUUAUGCAGCCCUGGGCGCAGACUGUGGUGGUUGGGAGAGCCAGGCUAGGAGGAAUACCCGUGGGAGUAGUUGCCGUAGAAACCCGAACAGUAGAGCUAAGCAUCCCCGCGGAUCCUGCAAACCUGGAUUCUGAAGCCAAGAUAAUCCAGCAGGCUGGCCAAGUUUGGUUCCCAGACUCUGCAUUUAAGACCUACCAGGCCAUCAAAGACUUUAACCGCGAAGGGUUACCUCUGAUGGUCUUUGCCAACUGGCGGGGCUUCUCUGGUGGCAUGAAAGAUAUGUACGAUCAGGUGCUGAAGUUUGGUGCCUACAUCGUGGACGGCUUGCGAGAGUGCUCCCAGCCCGUGAUGGUAUACAUCCCUCCCCAGGCCGAGCUGCGGGGUGGCUCCUGGGUGGUGAUCGACCCCACCAUCAACCCUCGGCACAUGGAGAUGUACGCCGACCGAGAGAGCAGGGGAUCCGUUCUGGAGCCAGAAGGGACAGUAGAAAUCAAAUUCCGCAAAAAGGAUCUGGUGAAAACCAUGCGUCGGGUGGACCCAGUCUACAUCCGCUUGGCUGAGCGAUUGGGCACCCCGGAGCUAAGCCCUGCCGAGCGGAAGGAGCUAGAGAGCAAGCUGAAGGAGCGGGAGGAGUUCCUGACUCCCAUUUACCAUCAGGUGGCUGUGCAGUUUGCUGACCUGCACGACACCCCGGGCCGGAUGCAGGAGAAGGGAGUAAUUAACGACAUCCUGGACUGGAAGACAUCCCGCACCUUCUUCUACUGGCGGCUGAGGCGUCUCCUGCUGGAGGACCUGGUCAAGAAGAAAAUCCACAACGCCAACCCCGAGCUGACGGACGGCCAGAUCCAGGCCAUGCUGCGGCGCUGGUUUGUGGAAGUGGAAGGAACGGUGAAGGCCUACGUUUGGGACAACAACAAGGACCUGGCAGAGUGGCUGGAGAAGCAGCUGACAGAGGAAGAUGGGGUACGCUCGGUAAUAGAGGAGAACAUCAAGUACAUCAGCAGAGACUACGUCCUCAAGCAGAUCCGCAGCUUGGUACAGGCCAACCCCGAAGUCGCCAUGGAUUCCAUCGUGCACAUGACCCAGCACAUCUCCCCCACGCAGCGGGCCGAAGUCGUACGGAUCCUCUCCACCAUGGACUCCCCCUCCACGUAGGAGCAGCUUCCAACCUGCUCCACCCCAUCUGCUCCAGAAAGGGCUACGGCUGCCCUUCCCGCAGAAACCACCAUACUGAGAUGGCACAC